ACACUUUCGUCCCAACUCUUUAAGAAUGUUGUGAUCGAUACCCAGGUUUCGUUUAUCAACUCCGAUUGGCGUGUCACGAUGAAGUUUAUAAUAUUAAUUGCCGCUGCAUUUAUACAAUCGAUCACUUGUCAAAGAGCUCCAACAAUAUCAUACAUAUCCCAGGAACAAAUAAAAGACAUUGGUGGUACUGUUGAAUUACAAUGUUCUGUUCAAUAUGGUCAGGAGUAUCCAGUCUUGUGGGUAAAAAUGGAUAAACAAACAGGUGACCAAACGCCACUUUCUUCCAAAACAUCGCUGAUUAUUCGUGACAGUAGAUUCGCUCUCAGAUUCGAUACAGCUACUGCUACAUAUACUCUUCAGAUAAAAGACAUUCAAGAGACUGAUGCUGCGCGCUAUGAGUGCCAGGUUCUAAUUUCUGUAAACAACCGAAUCCGUGCCAGUGUUGAACUUCAAGUUCGUCGUGCUCCAUUUAUCAGUGAUAACUCAACUCGUGCAGUAGUUGCUAGCGAGGGUGAGCCUAUCACUCUAGAGUGUUAUGCAAGUGGUUAUCCUGCUCCUAGAAUAUCGUGGCGUAGAGAAAAUAACGCUAUUUUACCCACAGGAGGCUCAAUAUACCGAGGAAACGUAUUGAAGAUACCAGCAGUACGAAAAGAAGAUCGUGGAACGUAUUACUGUGUUGCUGAUAAUUCAGUUGGUCGAGGUACCAGACGGAACAUCAAUGUCGAAGUUGAAUUCGCCCCAGUAAUAACAGUAUCCAGACCCCGAGAAGGUCAAGCUCUGCAGUUUGAUGCUGACUUGAAGUGCCACGUAGAAGGUUACCCAAGUCCCGCAAUAACUUGGUUACAGAAUGGAGUUGAAUUAUCAAGCAAUCAGCAUUACAUUAUAUCACAGUUCGCCACUGCCGACGAAUAUACUGAUGCAACCCUUCGUAUAGUCACUGUCGAGAAAAGACAGUACGGAGAAUAUGUUUGCCGUGCAAAUAACAAACUUGGCACCAGAGAAGCUAAACUUGAACUUUACGAAACAAUUAUCCCAGUAUGUCCUCCGGCUUGUGGACAAGCCAAAUACGGAACAGGUGCUAUUCCAGUUUCAUCUGGACCUCUUAUAGCUCUUGUGAUGCUUACAGUAGCUUUGUACAAAGCUCCGAUGAUAUCACACAUAUCAGAGAAACAAAUAAAAGACAUUGGUGGUACUGUUGAAUUACAAUGUUCUGUUCAAUAUGGUCAAGAGUAUCCAGUCUUGUGGAUGAAAACAGAUCAACAGACAGGUGACCAAACGCCACUUUCUGCUAAGACAUCGCUGAUUAUUCGUGACAGUAGAUUUGCUCUUAGAUUCGAUACAGCUACUGCGACAUAUACUCUUCAGAUCAAAGACAUUCAAGAUAUUGAUGCUGCGUUUUAUGAGUGUCAAGUGCUACUUUCUUCAACUAAUCGAAUUCGUCGUAAAGUUGAACUUCAAGUUCGCCGUGCUCCAUUUAUCAGUGAUAACUCAACACGUAACGCACAGGUUACCGAAGGUCAACCUGUCACGCUAGAGUGUUAUGCAAGUGGUUAUCCUGCUCCUAAAAUUUUUUGGCGUAGAGAAAAUAACGCUAUUUUACCCACAGGAGGCUCAAUAUACCGAGGAAACGUAUUGAAGAUACCAGCAGUACGAAAAGAAGAUCGUGGAACGUAUUACUGUGUUGCUGAUAAUUCAGUUGGUCGAGGUACCAGACGGAACAUCAAUGUCGAAGUUGAAUUCGCCCCAGUAAUAACAGUAUCCAGACCCCGAGAAGGUCAAGCUCUGCAGUUUGAUGCUGAAUUGAAGUGUCGCGUUGAAGGUUACCCUAAGCCCAUAGUAACUUGGUUAAAAAAUGGAGCAGAAUUAUCAAACAAUCAACAUUACAUUAUAUCACCGUUUACUACUGACGAUGAAUAUACUGAUGCAACCCUUCGUAUAGUCAUCGUCGAGGAAAAACAAUAUGGAGAAUACGUUUGCCGUGCAAAUAACAAACUUGGCUCGAGUGAAGCUAAAAUUGAACUUUACGAAACAAUAAUCCCGGUAUGUCCUCCGGCUUGCGGACAAGUCAUGUACGGAACAGGUGUUAUUACAGUUUCAUAUGCACCUCUCAUAGCUCUCGUAUUGAUAAUAGCGGCGUUGAACUUUAAUGCCAAAUAU